CUCCCAUGAUUCAUAGUGCCCGUAACGUUCGCGGUUAAUGGCGUGCUGUGUCAAAGGUAUGUCGUUUGACACGCUGAAUAUGCCGGCAGUUUAACACUCCUCCAAAGAAGCCCUUGACCGACUAUGCGCUUACUGCCGUCACCAACGCACCUGUGAUUUCUAACGCCGCUGAGGAGUUUGAAGGAUCAGCUUCUGAAAGGGCGGUGCCAUGUCCAAAACAAAGAAUGCCCAGCCUGCGCUGCACAAGGUCAUUAUGGUGGGCAGUGGAGGUGUUGGCAAGUCGGCACUUACGCUGCAGUUUAUGUACGACGAGUUUGUAGAGGACUAUGAGCCUACCAAGGCUGACUCGUACCGCAAGAAAGUCAUUCUCGAUGGGGAAGAGGUUCAAAUCGACAUUCUAGACACUGCCGGUCAGGAGGACUAUGCCGCCAUCCGGGAUAAUUACUUCCGGUCGGGCGAGGGCUUCCUGUGCGUCUUCAGCAUUGAGGAGCCCGAGAACUUUGCUGCCACGACAGAGUUCAGGGAGCAGAUCCUGCGGGUGAAAGGAGACGAGAACAUACCGUUCAUCCUUGUGGGGAACAAAGCGGACAUGGAGGACAGCCGCAAGGUGUCCGUUGAGGAGGCCCAGGAGCGGGCACGCCAGUGGGGCGUCCCUUAUGUCGAAACCUCCGCCAAAAACCGCACCAACGUCGACAAGGUUUUCUUUGACCUGAUGCGGGAAAUUCGUAACAGAAAGAAGACUGAGAAGGCCGUCAGCAACGGGCCACGCAAGAAGCCACGCCCCAUCAAGAAGAAGUGUACGAUUCUUUAGCCAUAUCCACUCGCCCACCAGCGUUCUACUAUUAUCGUUAUUGUUCUUUCUUCUUUGUUUUAUUUUUAACUUAGCGUUCCAGCUGUUGCUUUAUUGUUGACUGCACAUAACAUGCCUGUCGCAAAGCCUCGGCCAUGUUGUCAGCACUUGUGCCACAAUGGCACGGCUGUCUCCAGUUUUCUUCCUCUCGUGACCUCACUUCAGUUCUAGAGGCUGAACUGGAAAAAAGCAGCGGCGUUUGUUUAGUACAGUCACUAAUACCUGCUGAUAAGUGACAGCAUAGUUCCUGUUGAUAAUUCGUUUCUUUGUUUUGGCCACGCCAUUUCUGUGUUAGCUGUACCUUUCAUGGCAGUGUACUGCUCCAUUCCUUCUGUGCAAGAUUUGUGGCCAGAAUCUGCGGGCAAGAAAAACGUGGGAUUGGGUGCAAAGUGCACCACACGAUGGGCCACGCGGUUGCGAUCGCAGAGAUCUGCGUUUGCCUUUUGUGCCUUGAGCAUCAAUAGAUUUCUCUCGCUCAAUGUGUACGCAAAUAAUGUGGAUCCUCUCAUUAGUAAACAGCCACAAAAUCUUUUUUUUUUUAAACCAGGUCAGAGAAGUGGCCCAUAACACACUUGAGCCAGUAAUAUGUUUAAAAAUUUUGUGUGCGAUUUGUUAUUGCCGUACUUGUUUUUGUGUAUUGCACCAUUUUUAACUAGCUCGCACCCUUGUGCGUGGACACUUCAGAAGCAAAAGCGUGUGAAAGGCACAUCCCAUGUUUAGCGGAGUGCCACCACUGUUGUGUUCAGUGCAGUAGGUGCAGAUGUUGCAAUUGGUAUUGCUCGAUUCCGGGACGCUAUAAUGAUUUUUUACAACUCAUUGAUUGAGGCCUUUUGGAGGGCACUGCGCAAGAAUAUGUGCGUAUGUAUACAUAUUUCUUAUGAGUAAAGCUUUCACACGUAUAUCUGGACUGGAUUGCAUGAGAGUGCUUGAUAACUUUGCUGUGAAAUUUUUGUUCCGUGCCAAAAAAUAUCAACGACAAAAGAACCAGUGCUUUCGUGUCUCUUUGGAGAUGAAGUUUAAGUCAGUGUUUUUGUGUGGCGCAUGUGUGGGCUCAUGUUGUGCAGCGAUCGGCAGCAUUCAGUAUUUGACAAAUAAAAUGGACACAUAAAACUUGGA